AUGGUCUGGGUCUCCAACCAAGCUAGCACAUGCCUCAAUGUCUCCAUCACCGCCCGCUCCGGCGGUGCAGCUGGUUUCUACCCAGUUGAACAUGCGCCAGAAGUCUGGGCCGUGAACCACUGGUCACGCGCAGCGAAUGCUUCUGAGACAGCUGUUAUUCGGUUGAGGAAUACCUCUGUCACGGUGAACAACGUGAAGGGGACUGAUCUCCUCCUGGUCUAUGACAAUGCGGUCAUCCAAGUCCCGGACACCAAUGUGAGCAUUCCCGAUGGAUGUGUCAGUGUGUCGGAAACUAACGCGACGUGGUCAUGA